UAUAACUCAAGAGGCGUUCCAAUUCCUUUAUGCCAUGGAGAAUUUGAAGAACAUAAAAUAUGUAAACUAAAGAUUUGUUCAGAUGACAUAGUAAGUAGUCAAGAAAAACAAUGUUCUCAAUACAAUAACCGAAUUACCGCUGGAAUAUUUGUAAAAUCUUGGACUCCUGAAAACGGAAGUUGGAACCCUUGUGAGCUAAGGUGCGAGGCCAAAGUCGAACACUUGGUGCACAGCUUUGGGAAGAUGUCCAACGGCACCCCGUGCCCUCAAGGUGCGUGUCUGGACGGCAGGUGUUUGAAAAUAGGCUGUGAUGAGCGAUUAGGCUCAGAAGUUAUGCUGGACAUGUGUGGAGUUUGUGGCGGUCGAAAUUCAACUUGCGUCCACUACAAGGAUGUUUUUCAAGGUCAACCUUCUUCAGCUACUGGAAGUCGAAGUGUAUAUCACGAAGUGGUUUCGAUUCCGAAAGAUGCGAGGAAUCUCAUCAUUCACCAGAAUUUGGGAAAAAAUCUUUUAGCUUUGCAGGAUCGAAGCAAAGGUAUUAUUUUCAAUGGCGAGCAGAACAUGAACAAAUAUGGAGGACAGUAUGAAAUAUCUGGAUCAUCUGUAGAAUACCUAAAGACUAGUAAUUCAACAGAAGAAUUGAUAGUUAAAGGGCCUUUGACGCAAGAACUUUAUGUCUUGGUUCUUCUGCGUACAAACAACCCAGGUAUUUUUUACGAAUACUGGUUGCCAAAGCAAACCCACAGCCAUAGUGGUGGCCAAUAUCCAUUACAGCCAAUAAACAAUAAGCAAACAAUCCCAACAAAAGCACCGAUUUUAUCAACGAAAUCUCAAUCCUAUGCAGUGCCAUUUUAUCCUCAUAAAUCCAGUUUGAACAACCAAAAGAUUCAUCAUCCAACAAAGCCUGCAUAUGCGUAUGGAUAUGGAGAAAAACCUUACAAAGGACAAGAACCACCCAUAUUUCGCCAUAUUUUAUCAACUACCAUAACACCACCAGAAAACCUUUGGCGCAAGCCCGCUCCACAGUAUCCAUCGCAUAUAGAUCAAGUUGUACCAGCUCUCUCAGAUACUUACAAAAAAGAUUACAGAUUCAGGAAAGAUGUACCGGGGUAUAAACCCAGGUAUGUGAAACCAGAAGUUGAUUUCUACCAAACUUACCGCAAUGCUUCAAGAAAUGCAGCUCGCAGUCCUGUAGAUUACCCCAAAGAUCUUCCUGUACAAGGCGAUUCAAGUGUUUCUGGAAACAGACAUGAAAACAAAGAUCAGAAAACUUCAUCUAUAGAUAAAAAACCAAAACUCCUUGGUUUAAAGCCAGCAAAAACGGAACUAAAAAUCACCAAACGUGGUGAUGAUCAGCCUCGGAAAUACGUGGCAAACGGGCGCUUGAAGUAUUCUUUUGAAUCUAAAACUAGUGAUGAAGUUUAUGCUAAUACUACAGGAGGUUUUCACCCAGAGCAAUUGGCCAUAAAUAUUUUAGCACUGCCUGAUAAUGGAAAUUCAAAGCAAGGUGCCAAACAAAGUGGUCGUUGUGAGUCGUGUCAGAGGAUUCGUAAUCAACUGAAGCAUUUUUGUUCUAGCGAUUUUGUAAUCAGAGCUCAAGUUCUUGGCUAUGAGUUUUUGAACGGGGAAACAAGAUACGAGCUAGACGUGCUUCAGUCUUACAAGAACAAAUUUUCGAUGUUACCUAAGGAAUACGUUUGGUCUGCCGACACAUGUCGAUGUCCUAAACUACGCCAAGGAAAAGAAUACGUCAUAAUGGGCAUGUCGGACAGCACUUACAAGAAACGUGAAAGCAGGCUUUUAGUAGACAAAAACUCAUUUGUCCGAACAUUUAAUUUGAAAUAUGCUCGCCGACUUCAAAAACUAAGAAAAGAUGAAGCCAAGAAAUGCAAAAAAGAAUCUUAGCAGAAAAAUAAUCAGUUUGUUCCUUAUUUGAGUCAUUAAGCAUGCAGAAAUUGUUAUUUAUCAAGCGAAUAUUAACUUUGGCGUCGAAAGAAUAAAGUAAAGUAGCGCCAGGAUGCCCUGCUUUCAAAACGCUAUGCCAAGGAUUUAGAACAAAAGAUGCGAAACGAGCCAAGCUUCUCUGCUUGGUCACGAACUGAAAAUAUGGAGUUUGAAAAUUAUCUGGUUUUUUUCUAAACCUGGUUCGAGAAUAUAUAAAGAAACGGGAAUUGAAUAGAAAGUGUUUUAAAACUUGAAUUUUGUGAUUGCGCAAGUGCCAUUGUUGUCUAGUUUGAAAUUUGUGAUAAAACUGAGAAAGAAUACUUUUUGUGCGCUGACUUAUUAAGAGGAAACCUAUUUCCGAAUUGAUAUUUUCCGUCAAAUAAAUGUUGAGUGUGGGCAAUGUUUUAUUCUAAAUAUUGUAGACUCUCGUGAAAUAAUAAUUAGUUAAAAAAUCGUUCACUCAUAUUAUUGUGUAAGUCAGUGUAUGAAGUUAGUCUUAAACGUUGCCAAGUUUUUGUGUUGACGCAGAUGCAAAAAAAAGUUAAAGCAUUCUGGUUAGAGAUGGGUAAAACAAAUCGUUAGGUUAAUUGUUUCGUGUCAUAAUUUUCAUCUGUCAAACAAAUUGAAUCCAUUCGAAUCAGUCACACCAAUCCUGAAUUAAGUCUAUAGCAUGAAUUUAAACAUUGAUUCGUAUAACAAUUUUUACAGCAAAACGAUUAUAAUCAGAAUUUUGUCCUAAUAUGAAUAUGUCUUAAAAGGAAUAUCGAAAACAUUGAUUCAAAAUCCUACCCAUCUCUAAUUAAGUCACAAAUAAAAGAUUAAAAUGCAAUGUAGUUCGAUGUUAAUGAUUUAAUUCUGUUUGUUGAUUCAAAUUAUAAAUGGAAAAAGUGAUUCAAAUUGAAUCACUAAUUCAGUGCAUUUUAUUACUGCACAUUAAUUCGAAAAUCUGAUUCGAAUAAACACAUUUGAAUAUUUACUUUUUUAAUUCAUAUAAGUGUCUCAGUGUCUCAACUGUAAAACGGAGUAAAUUAAAAUAAAAAUACUUUGUAUGUAGCAUUUUUACAUCAGUACGACUUAUAUCGUAAUCAUGACUGUCAUAUAUUUUAAACCUCUAUUUGUUAAAUUAUAUUGAUAUUCUAUAAAUAACACUGCCAGUUUAACAAUGUUCUUUUAUUUAUAUAUUGCUUUCGACUACAUAUUAAAAGACCAAUGCAUUUUUAUGUUUAUAGGGCUUUUGUGAAUUAUCAGAUGCUAUUUAUUCCUUAAAAACAUAGCGUUAUUUUAUUAAGAAUAUUCUUCAUAAAUUUUUUUAUACUUAAUCAUUAGAAAGAAAAUAAGUUGAUAAAUACUUAUUCUCAUAGUUGAAGGUCAUGCUCCUUGUUUAGGAAACUCAAUUAAAAAUUUAACUCAGUCCGCAUUUAGUUUAAUUUCAACGCUAUAUUAAAAUUGAAAACCUCUUUUUAGCCAAAAGCAAUAAUCAUCAAAUAUACUUUACAACCCAAUCACCUACUUACACGUUAAAGUUGUCUUUCUAUAACUCAUUAUAAUCGGGUAUCACCAAAACAGCCAACGUAAUGAAAAAUCAAUUAAAAGAAAACAAAAAUAAAUUAAAGUUUACGGUUUCUGCUUAGGAAACUAAAAAGUUUGUUUUAAGUAAGUUUUUAAAUGAGUUAAAGUUUAUCAACAGUUGUCUCUACUAUAUGGUAAAAGUUUAAAACAAUCUUUUAUAGCUAUUUGUCAGAUCAAGUUAAUUAUUCAAAGUUAAAAAACGAAGAUCACGACUUGUUAUUAUUUUGCCAAAAUCAUUAUUCUAUAUAAAUCAUAAUUUCGUGUUAUAUCAAAAAGAACUUUUUUCUUGCAAGUUUGUAAGUAAAAUUAAGUGAUAAUAUUUAGAAAAAUAUUAUUUAAAAUAUUUAUAGUCCUACUAAAAUUUAAAAUUGUUAUCAUUGAUUCCUAUUACUAUCGAAAUAUAUAAAAAAGUAAGCUUUAUUUAGAGCUCUAAUAACGAAAUUAUCAAAAACUAAUAAAAAAAUCAAUUUAAAUAACUUUUAAAACUCCUUAUUAAAAUUAGAAAGAACAUAAACAGGGAACGCAUAAUUUUAUAAUCUAUUUGGACAAUCCUUAUUUAUAUCAAUUUCAAGAUUUGGUACACUUAACGAAGUUUCAGGUAUAGAUUCAGGUUGUUUCCUUUAUUAAAAUAUUAAUGUGAAAUAAUAGUAAUAUUUUAGUAUUUGAUAAAUUACUGAAUAAAGUAAUGUCAAUGUUGAAACAGAACAUUUUUUAAAUUUCUUUCUAAACAUUCUCCAAUUCACAAAGCAAAAUAAAUAAAAAAAAAUCAACCUAACAGUUAUUUUUGUUUAAGCAUUCGCAUUUUGUAAACAUUCUGAUAAAAAAAUUUUUGCAAUUCAUGUUUAAUUAAAUGUUAUAUUCGAUAAUUCGGCUAUAAGAAAAAAAUAAUUUAUGUAAUUCUGACAAUAACUAUCGUUUUGCUCGAGAGAGCACUAAUUCUUUGCUCAAGUUUUUAAUUUG